CAGCGGGGCGUUCCGAGUGCCCGGCGCCGCAUUGCCAUGGCUGCCCGUGGCGGCGUAGCCACCGCCGGCGAGGGCCUGCGCUACGCUGAGGACUCGUCGCCCCCAACCAAGCGGUCGGACGCCGACAUUGACCAGAGACUGGCAAGAAGUUUGAUAGCUGUGGGACUGGGUAUUGCAGCUCUUGGAUUUGCAGGUCGCUACACAUUUCAAAUCUGGAAACCUCUAGGACAAGUAAUCACAGAAACUGCAAAGAAGAUUUCAACUCUUAGCUUUUCAUCCUACUAUAAAGGAGGAUUUGAACAAAAAAUGAGUAGGCGAGAAGCGAGUCUUAUUUUAGGUGUAAGCCCAUCUGCCGGCAAGGCCAAGAUUAGAGCAGCUCACAGGAGAAUCAUGAUUUUGAAUCACCCAGAUAAAGGUGGAUCUCCUUACUUAGCAACCAAAAUUAAUGAAGCAAAAGACUUGCUAGAAGCAGCCACCAAACAUUGAUUGAUGCUCAAGGACCACUCUGAAGGAGAAAAAGGGGGACCUUAUAAAAAAUGUCCUGCAAGUUAAUCUAAAUCAUGACCUUCAUAAUUUUCAUACAUGUAGUGACCACAAUCAUUUCUUCCACUACUAAGCUAUAUAAUAAUAAAAGAUGAACAAUC